GCGGCCACACCCUCUUUUCCCUGGGUACUAGAUUAACUUGGGAAGGAAAACGAAUAAUAAUUAACUAGAAAUAUUAGCAGUGGUAGACCGUGGUUGCGAUAGCAGGUCUGUGGGGUAUAUAGUCUGUGAAUAGGAGUGGUUUUACCGGUCUUCUGGUGUUAACUUGUAUCAGCUAAGAACAUGUGUUGGAAUUUGUUCCCUCUGUGUGCUUAACCUGUAGAUCAAUUCUUCGCUACGGCUGAGCUAAACAGACUUCACCAAUCAUUAUGUCUCCAUUGAUUUGUUGGGUACUCGUGUUAGUAGUGUCUGUCGCGUCACUCGAGAACUGCUUACAACCACACUGUUCCAACUUAGAGAAAUACCGUGCUGAAAGGUCCACAAAAGUUCGCAGUGAGGAUAGAAAAACUCAAGAAAGAAAUUUCUUAAAUACAACGGAAGUAACACCACCAACUAACGGGACAGCAGGAAAGAAGACUCAUAUAAGUGACUUUACAAAUCCUCGAACUGGUUUAAAUCCUUUUCUUGAUCUAAAGGAAGGCAUAUCAGCAACGACUAGUAGAACAGUUUCUUUUGGUAUAAAUAGUGAAACUCUUACACAAACAGUUUCUACUCACUACACUGAAGAACCUGGUAAAAUAAAUAAAUCCAAAACCUCUACAUCUUUUAUAGAAGAAAACAAUCCCAAAAAGUAUGAUUCGUCUAAGAUGGAAAAAGUACGUUUUCCCACAAUCCCUAAAACUAAUCGCAGUUAUACAUCGUUCCCAUUAGAACCUACAUUUAACUACAAUCAUACUCGCCCAAUAAACCAUGACAUUAGUUUUGGUGGACAAUCAAAUAAGAAAUUCCCUGUGAAGGGAUUUCCUCUUGUAUCUGAAACAAUGGAGAAACAUUCUUUAAGAAGUGGAUUACAACCUUUAGAGGGCUAUCCUAACAGGCACAGAGAAGCCUGGCCUCCUUAUCCUUUAGAAGGACAAUCAAAUGGAAGAAAACCCUUUUCUCGAGAACCAUUCGAAGCUUCUGGAGGAAGAAGGGAUCAUUUUUCAUCACGGCCAGGUACACAGUGGAGACCUCCCUUCCAACCACAGACAUAUAUACCAUCAACACUUAGUGAAGAGUAUUCCAACACAGAAGAAGAGGGUACUGGCGAUUAUCAUAUCUCAGAAUUCCCCUCAACCAGCAGUAGCAUAGAAACUUGGCGUCACGUAGAUGAAGAACGCGAGGAAAAAGAUUUAGAGGAAACAACUUCCUCUUUCGACCACAACACAAUCACACUAAUGUUAACAACCGUAUCGCAUUCUGAGAAGGAGCAACAGCUGGAAUACGAUGAAGGCGAGUUUCAGACAGCAGGGAAAGAAGUUUCAACAUCUGUCAACAAAAGUGUUAUCGUCUGGGCUGUUGUAUCAGCUACGGUAAUAGUGGCUAUUGCAGUUUUAUUUGGUGUUUGUAUGUGGAGACGACGAACCAAAAGGAUACGAAAUAGACGAGAAAUGUUUUUAGAAGAAGAAACCAGUGACGUAAAACUUCAGUACACCAGUCCAUCUAAAAUAAUAAGAAACCACAGGUAGCUUAGAUAGUCCAUAUUUCUAUACACCAGUUUGUCUAUAAUAAUAAGGAAACAAAAGUAGCUUAGAGAAUUCACAUUUUAACAAGUUGUAGUUAUAUAUCUAAAAUGCUGUCGAGUUAUAAACCGUAUAAGUAUAAUACUUUAUUGUUUAGUAUUGAGCAGCAAUGGACUUAAGAUUUGUAUGUAGGAAACUAUACAUAUUGUUAGAAAAAAAACAUAAGUAACUCAGCUUUGAAGGCUAUAUUUAAGAAAAACUAUUUAAUUGUGAUAACAAUCUUCACAUCUUGUUUGUUAGUGUAGAAGUUAGUUGGAACUUAAAACUAAGAUUACAAUAGUUGUUGAAUAACCUCCAAGAAAAGAGUGUUUUACAUAAAAAUUGUUUUUAUAAAGUUGAUAUAAGCUAUGAACCUGCCGAAACGGCUCUUUCCCCCUUUCUACCUGAGUACUUAAUUGUCAUUUAUAUAUGAUAUGACAGUUUAGACAAAAAUUUAAACGUAAGGUUAACAGCUCAUAAAUAUUUGUUAUGUAUGAUGAUGCUUUCAGUAGUAUUAAACUGUGCAAUUUAUGCUGCAUAUUGUUCAGUGACUGAAAAAUAUAAAAUAUCAUCUACUGAACGGCUUUUACGUUUCCAUACCAAAUAAAAAAUCAUUAUAUUGCAUACGAUUUUCUAUUGCCGUUCUAAUAGAGGUUGAAUACGUUACAUUGAAACGAUUUUAGAGCCUCACCACGUCGUUAUAGCCUAAGUCACUCUAUCUGAUGGUCAUGCAUCUAGACAAUAGUCCUGCAGUGCAGUUUCUAUUGCAAAAGGCUCCGUCGUAAAGAUGUCAUAUCCAAAGCAUAUCACUCUUCCCGGUUUGCUUUCCAUAACCCAUUUACUGUACAAAGAUGACGAUUUCCCAUUGCCAGUCUCAACAGUCCGGUCGUACAGAAAUUCGGCCGAUUUGACUGGUAUGUCAUAGUUUUCGUACAUUUUCACCUACGUAUUAUUACAAGACGCCACACUUUCCCUACCACACCUUAGAAACUACAGUUUCAUAUCUAUUUUUGAAUGGUCCUGGUCCAAGUUAUUUCAUAUUCAUUUGUUUUUCAAAACCGUUAAGUACAAGGGUUAUUCCAGUUUUGGAAAUACUAAGUCUCUGAUCCGAAUACAUCUUCAUUAUCUGUAUUUAUGAAUAUAUUGCUUCGGAAAGCAAUCAGUUUUCAAUGGCAACACAACACUUACGAAUGCUAAACCAUGUAAAAAUGUAGUUCUGAUGUAAUCAGUUCCACCGCGACAGCUGUGGUUGCCACGUGACUUACUGAUUCCAUAUUACAAAUUGCUUUAAUACAACAUCCUCAACACUCUGUAGUACAGCAAUAUUUUUUACCAAAAUAAAGAAAUAUUACUGUAGGCUUUUUUAUUACUUUCAAACAAAUGUGUGUCCUAUAAAAAAAGAAAUAUUUUUGCUUUCGUUUGCAGCUAACUUAGAAUGCCUAAAAAGCUUGUUAAAACAUAGUAAUAAAACCUAAUAGUGUUUGGUGAUAUAUUAGUUUUACAGAAUGGAAAAACUUAAAUUAGUUAUUCUAGUGGACGACAGAUAAACGUGUUUUUGAAACUUUUUGAAAUAAUUGUAAAGUAGCUCAUACAAGCAGCUAAUUACAGAUUUUGCGCUUAGUUCUGAUUUGUUAAUCCGAAUGGAGGACAAUGAUAGAAACAUUUCUUAGAAGUAAUUAAUGGACGUUUACUUUUAGGUAUGAACGUAAAGUUUGGGAUGAUCGCACUGUAUAGUUGGCACGAAAGUUGAUGCCUGAUGGUGUAUAUGAACACCCAGUUGUUAAUCAUUAAUUAUUUCUUAAUUUGUGUUAAAUAUACAUACAUAUAUAUAUUAUACUAAAAAGUGAAUAUGAAGCCUAAUCUAUCAUUCGAUUUACCACUUGUCACUGAGUUUUACCGGUUUCGAGAAACCCCUCCUUCUGAUCAGUAACCCUGGACAAAGGCAAAUCGAAAGAAUUACGACGAGGCUUUGUAUAACAGUGGAGUGUAUAUUAUACGUAUACGAUCCCUGUAUGAGUAAAAGACAUUUCAUAACACCAUACACACACAUAUAUAUAUAUUAUGUUAUUAAUACCAUUAAUAUCUUUGAGGCCAAAGUUCUUUGAAAACUUUGAUUAUUACGCUGUUGCUGCUCCCACAAUGUACAUAGCAAUUAGAGAUGCUAAACUGCAUAAAGCUGUAUGCAGAUGAAUGAAGAUUAUUCAGAUUAGAUGACUCACAAUCUUGCUUUAGAUUUUAACCGAUCACAUCAAAUUCCAGUAAGUUUUCCUAAUAAUGUUCUGGGAAUAAGUUUUCAUAAACAUCAUCAGUUUAAAAGUUUCCCUUUUUAUAGCAUAUACAAAAAUUUAUUGUUUGUAAACCAAUGGAUAAGCUUCAUAAGUAAACUUGUUCGUUAUAACAUCAGAAAAACGAACCAAGAAAAAUGAAUCAAUAUAAUUGUGAGGUAAAACUGUCAUAUUUACUUCAUAUUUGGAUUGACUAAUCACAGCCAGGCGAAAGUUCGGCAUUAUCCGUUUGUCUUUCUUGUUCCAUCUUUUUAGCGUCAUCUAGUGGUCAUAGUUAACAAUUAUGUUAUAUUAAAAGUAAUAAUAUUAUAUAUAUAUAUUUUUGUGUUAUUAAUUUUCUUAUUAGAAAUAUACAAUUAAAAUAAUUUACUAAUGUUAAUAAAUGUCUUUUGUGUUAAUGAUUACUGAAUUUUGAAUACAGCUUUACCAGAAUCGGCUAUACUUACAAAUAUUUUGGCAGACCUAUUACAUCCUUUGACCUAAUACUAAGUUUAAGGUGUAGGCUAUUUUUUGUUAGUUUGAAAGAAAACAUAACAGGUUUUAUAUUUUACAGUUGUUUAAAUGAGGUCAAAUAGAAGUACUUAUUUUUAUAACAGAUAAGUUAUGUUUUGCCUGAACAAAAAUGAUAACGUAUCUGGUUGAAUUAAGAAUUUAAAAAGUUGACUGUAUUGGUUGCAAUUCAACUCUUUGUCGGUUAUAUAACAUUAGAUCUAUAAAAUAGUAAAAGUAUAUUAAUAUUCCGAAUUCAUUGGUGAAGUUCAUUAUUUUAUUGAACAUGUUUCAACACCAACAUCAAUUACGAGGGAUAUUUUAAAACAAAUACGCAUGAAGUAUAUAGAACUAACUUUCGUCUUUACUUUUGUCUAAUCAGUAAAUUAAAUUAUUCAUAUGUCUAAAUUUCCAGUAAUAUUUUGUAAAUGAUUAAGUGUUUAGAACUAACUCGUAGAGAAAGCGUUUGAAUUUAGCAUAAUGAAUUAAACUACGGCUACCUUAAUACUUAAAUAGUAUUGAAAAUUUCUAAAUGAUUUUUGAUAGAGUGUAAGAAAUUGCUUUUACUGAGAUUAUUAUAUCAGUUAUAAUCCUCACAUUCUUCAGGAAACUUUUAUAAUAUUUGACAGUUUCUGUUAUUCUUGAUUCCCGAAAAAAACAUUCGAUGUUAUUAAAAUUGGGAAAUUGUAAUAAAAUAUUUCCUGUGCAAUUAAGAUAAGAUUAUAUUGUGUAAUGACCGACUCACAGCGCAUAUAAUACAAUCUCAAAUGUUUCAAAAUUUUAUUUUAAAGUUACAAAACUAAUAAUAUGGUUAUAUGAAGUUCAUUUGUAGAAGGAAACAAACAAUGGGAACUCUCGCCAAAUUACAAUAAGCCUACUUACGAAUAUGAACACAACGCUUUGAGCAACCCGGUAAAGGACUAUUUAGCGGAACGUUGUUUUUAUAUUCGUCAAUAAACUAAAUUUAAUUUGGCGUCGAGUUUACCUUAUUUGUUUUCUUCUGCAGUUUGUAGUUUCCUCGUCAACACCACUAUUAUUUCAAGUCAGUGGUCUACAAAAGGUUCAACAACAGUGAUAAAGAUGUUUAUUGACAUAUUUUUUGUAAUUUAUUUUACAAAACUUAUUUGGAUUCUUAAAACACUUUAAAUUGUGAAAAAUGAUAAUAAAAGCUGUGAUUCUUAUUACAAAGUGACUGGCUCUGUUGGCUUAUAACACUAAAAACUGCGUUUCGAUACCGUUGUGGCAGAGCACAUUGUGUACCUUUCGUUUAACAAACAAACAACCGUUUCAUUCGCGGUAACUCAGGGAUAGCGAGCAGUGUUCCGUGUUCACUUACCUAUUAGUCUUAGUUUUAUUUCUUUCAAGAAGUAUUCUAACAUUACAUAACGGUUUCCUACCCUAUUUUGGCCGAGCGAGGACUGGUGGUUAGCGUACCGGACUGUGGAUCUGAAAUACUGUAGAUAUCGC